AUGGAACAUGAGCAGGAUCAGGACCUUCAAGCAGCCGGGCUUCAGAGGAGUCUUCAACCUCGUCACAUCACCCUCAUUGCCAUUGGUGGUGUCAUUGGGACUGGUCUGUUUCUAGGCACCGGAUCUUUGCUCCAGGCCGGUGGACCACUUGGCCUCCUGUUGGGCUAUGUCAUCAUGGCAACGCUGCUCUUUUCGGUGAUGGUCGCCCUUGGAGAGAUGAUCACGGAGCUCAACCUUCCCGGUGGACAGUUCGCUCUGAGCACAAGAUUCAUCUCACCGGAGAUUGGAUUCGCCCAAGGGGUUCUGUUCUGGUAUAACUAUAUCAUCGUCCUUCCAGCUGAAAUUUCGGCUGCGGCCGUUCUGAUCUCAUACUGGACGCCAGCGGGUGAGGGUGACUCGACAUGUACCUCUGCGAUCUGCAACAACGCACUUUGGGUCGGUCUUUUGCUCAUCCUGGUGAUUGCUAUCAAUUUUGCGGGGACUCGUGUCUUUGGCGAAUUCGAGUUCUGGGCUUGCUCCAUCAAGGUUAUCACUAUUGUGGGCCUGAUCAUUGCUGGAAUCGUUAUCACCUCAGGAGGAGGCCCCAACCAUGAAUCGAUUGGCUUCCGCUUCUGGAAAGAGACAGGGGGUUUCGUCCAAUACGAAGGCAUAGCCGGCGCUAAAGGACGCUUUCUGGGCUUUUUUGCCGUUCUACUGCAAGGUGCCUUUGCCUUCAUCGGCACAGAGAUUACUGCCAUCGCUGCUGCUGAGGCUGCCAGCCCUCGUAGGUCCAUCCCACGAGCCAUCAAGAGCGUCUGGAUCCGUCUGGUCAUCUUCUAUGUAGCGAGCGCCUUCAUUAUUGGUCUCUUGGUCUCUCCCGAUGACCCCAGCUUGAGUCUAGGCACUGCAGCAGCCAAGAGCCCCUUCGUCAUCGCGAUUCGCAACGCAGGAAUCUCUACCCUGCCGUCGAUCAUCAACGCCGCCCUCCUGACCAGCGCGACUUCUGCCGGUAUUGCAGACCUAUACGUCUCAUCUCGCUCGCUCUACGGUCUUGCUCUGCGCAACCAAGCACCAAAGAUCUUCCUCAAGGUGCGCAAAGACGGACUGCCCUGGGUCUCGGUAGCAUUCUGUGCUGCAUUUAGUCUGCUCUCUUUCAUGGCAGCAAGCAGCGGCUCUGCAGGCACUGCUUUCGGAUACUUUGCCGCCAUGACUGCCGAGUGCGGUAUCAUCAGCUGGAUCUGUAUCCUUACUGCCUACAUUCGUUGGUAUAAGGGACGUCAGGCACAAGGUCUCGGUCGCUCUACUCUUUCGUACAAGGCCCCCUUCCAGCCCUAUCUCAGCUACUAUGGUCUGGUAGUAGCGGUCUUGGUCCUCAUCUUUGGUGGAUUCACAGCUUUCAUGGGAUCUUUCGAUACCUCGUCGUUCAUCACCACGUACUUCCCCAUUCCCUUCUUCAUCGUCCUGACCAUCGGCUGGAAGUUCUGGCACAAGACUCGCAUCGUCAGCACGUCGGAGAUGGACUUCCAGACGGGCGUAGCGCCGCCCCUCACUGACGACGAGAAAGCCGAAACGUUCUUGCAGAAGUUGGUCCAGAUGUAG